GGUCCAGGUGGACUCGGAGCGGUCCCGAUGCUGGGCAUCCCUUCCCCGCCCCCGGCACAAAGGCGGCUCCCCAUCCCUGCUGGUGCCCUACCCCAGGCCCGCAGCACACCUGAAGCGCGGCGAGUCCUUGAUGCAUUCCUCGAACUCUACCGUCAUGGCUGCGGCGAGCGACGCUCACUGGACCGAGGACCACGACGCGUCGAGCGGCAUCCCCGGCCGGUAGAUGGUCUGUCGCACCCGCACAGCGCUCCGCGCCCGCCCGCCUCGAAAUGAGGCCGGCUCGCCGCUGCCCCGCCCCGCCUGUCACCGCUGGGGAGCGUCGCCAAAGUCUGCUGCCGCUAGCACCACCCGCUGUCACUUUCGGGGAGCGUCGCUAAAUGCGCCGCUGCACUCCGUUGCCUGUCACUGCCCUCUGUCCUCAGCCACCAGGGUCAGGGAGCUGGGCCGGCCGCGGCAGUUGGGAUCCCGAGUAGUUGACUCGGCUGCGAUAAAGGGAAGGGCGCUGUUCUCCCACUUCAGGCAUCCCUGCCAUGGUUAAACUCAGGGAGUUUACAAAAAACAUUUGGGAGCACUAGGUCAGAACGCGUAGACAGACACAUUCUGGAAGAACGGGACGGCGGCGGGAAGAUCGAGAGUGAAGGAGUGAAGGGGUGAACAAAUUAAGGAGGACACUCUUGCGGAAACAACCCGUCACCGCGCCCUUGUGAGGCAGAGGACAGUGAGCCCAGUCGGGCCCAGAGGACAGCACUUCGCACCCGCUCCCUAAGCUUGGUCCCGCCUCCGUUUCUCGGUCCCUGCGGCCGGGCGGGGUGAGCGGAGUGAGUGCGCAGGCGCCGUUGCAGCUGGACAGGGCGGACCGCGGGCCACGUGCAACCACCCCGCCCUCCAGCUACUCCACCAUGAGUUCCUGCGGGGCUGUGGGUUCUGUGCGUGCGCGAUACCUUGUGUUCUUCCAGUACUUGGGCACUGACUUCAAUGGGGUCGCGGCCGUGAGGGGUAACCAUCGCGCUGUUGGGGUGCAGAACUUCCUGGAGGAGGCCGCCAAGAGGCUGAACUCGGUCGAGCCCGUCAGGUUUACUAUCUCCAGCCGCACUGAUGCCGGAGUGCACGCCCUGAGCAACACGGCACACCUGGACAUCCAUCGCCGCUCAGGCCUGCCGCCUUACUCCCCAGAGGUCGUGGCCCAGGCCCUCAACACUCACCUGAAGCACCGGGCCAUUCGGUGGACAGACUCAUUCCUGGGAUCUGCUUGCCACAGCGUACUGAAGGCCUUCCGAGUGCCCCAUGACUUCCAUGCUCGCCAUGCAGCCACCUCCAGAACCUACCUAUACCGUCUAGCCACAGGCUGCCCCUGGCCUGAUCAGCUGCCUGUGUUUGAACAAAAUGUAUGCUGGGCUCUUCAGACAACGUGCCUGGAUGUGGCUGCCAUGCAGGAGGCUGCCCAGCACCUCCUGGGGACACAUGAUUUCAGUGCUUUCCAGUCUGCUGGAAGCCCAGCCACAAAUACUGUGCGCACUCUACAAAGAGUCUCCGUGUCUUCUGGUCCAGCCAGCCCAUUUGUCCUCCCCCAGGAGAGCAGGAGGCUGCAGUUCUGGACGUUGGAGUUUGAAAGCCAGUCUUUCCUAUAUCGACAGGUACGCAGGAUGACAGCUGUGCUGGUAGCUGUGGGGCAAGGGACUCUGACACCCACACAGGUGAAAGCAAUUCUGGAGAGUCAAGAUCCCCUGGGCAAGUAUCAGGCUCGAGUUGCCCCAGCCCAUGGCCUGUUCUUGAAGUCAGUGUUAUAUGAUGACUUUGGUUCUACAUCCUGAGCCCUGUAAGGUCCAAUGUGGAAACCCAGCUGACUGUACACUCUGGAAGUGAAGAGCCAUACAGCAUACUAAGUCUGGCUGUCAGCCUUGUCCAUUUACUGCACUCAGCAGAGAUUAAUCCACAGCUAUGUGGGGCUCUGGUAGUCCUGCCUACCUUCCAGCAGCUCCCACAUCCCCAAUCUUUCCACUGUGGACAUCCCUUUGUCACUAAAGGAUGGGGUACCAGGCAAGAAACAGCUGUAAGCACCCUACUAACCUCUGGUUCUGCUUUUUUGGGAGCCCCAUCUUCUUGGGGCAAGGGAGUAGGAAUAAAAGGCAUAGUGAACAAAAAGGCUUGUUUAUUACUUUAGCCAGCCUGUGACUCUGGUCUUGUCCCUAGGACAGAGUCUGUGGCCCAAUUAUGGUUUCCAUUUACUCAGGGCAUCUACCUCCCAAAGCCAAAUCCCUGGUCCUUCUGCUGGGCAAAUAGCAAGAGACAGAGUGGUAGGUUGCUGGUGGUUACAUGUCAGCUGGGUGCCUGGGGGAGGCCAUUUUUGAGC